CUGAUUAUUUUUUCGGCCCCAGCAGGGCAUGUGUAAAGCGGCAGAGUAUAUAAAGGUAUGAGCCAGCGUGGCCUCUGCCAGCUGAACAUCACGGUUAGAAAAGAGGGGGCUUGCUUUGGAGCUUUCAGCUGUCCGGCGGCACUUCCUGUGAGAAUUUAACGAGCUACAAGCAGUGUGGAGCUCAAUAUGGUGCAGCUAUCUCCUUCACCUACCCUGGAUAUCACCUUUCCACCUGAGAACUCAAAAGGAAGAGAAGAGGACUCGGUCACUGAUGGUAUCCUGAAGAUGGGCUCACCUGCUGGGUUGAACACUCUGCAGCUCAACAUGGAAAUCUCCACUGCUUACUACGGCUAUGAAACCUACAUAGAAGAUGGCCUCAUCUGCCUCAAACACAAAAUUCGCAACCUAGAGAAAAAGAAGCUGAAACUGCUCGGCUACAGGAAGAGACUGAAACAGGGUGAGGUUCUAAACAAAGAUCAAAUGGCGGCUGUGGAAAAGUAUGAGGAGGUGCUGCACAACUUGGACUUUGCACGAGAGCUCCACAAAACCCUGGAUGGCUUGACUCAGAAUCUGAUUAAGGCCCAGAGGAAAGCCAUGAAGAAGGAGCAAGUAGCUAAGGUGGAGGAAGAGAGGCGACGUUUGGCCACUGUACUCCAGGUCCAGCACCUCCUUGCUAGCCUGCAAAAGGAGCAUGUCAGGAGAGACCUUUUGGCCGGCCAGAAUCAGGCACCAUGUGUUCCAGGCCAGCAGCUACAUAGUCUGAGCCAGCUCACCACCUUGCUUGGAGUCAAGAGAGAUAACAGACUGAGUUUACAAGAGCAAAUGGAGCAGGCGGCUCUGGCCUACAUGGACCUAUUGGAGGGAAAAGACAAGCCGGUGGCUGGAUCCUCAUUUAAGCAGUUGAAAGCGGAGCUCACCAGGCUGUUGAACUGCGAGUACUUCAAUUGUCUUCCACCUCCUCCAAGCAAGACUCCGGAGGUGGUCCUGAGCCCAGCCAGCCACACUCCCAUACUAAAGUCAAAAUCAAAUGAAGUUUCAAAGGAGUUUUUCAAUAGACUAUAUGUGAGUGAGACGGAGAAGGAGCAGGACCCUCCUGACUGCUGGGAUACGGAGCUCCCAGAUGAACCUUCAUCACCGCAAACUGCAGUCCUCAAACCAUGGAGAGGAGCUGCCACUUUAAUACCUAAAGUCAUUCCAUCCACCACGAGGAAGCCGUCUGCAGACUGCAAACUGAGGAAAGAGAAGAAGGCCAAACAAGAGCAAAAUUCAAAGUUGGUAGUUGGCAUGGAUAUACCUGUGGAAGUUUUCAGUUCUGCAUCUGCCUUACCUAAAGACCCCAUCCUGAGAAAACAACACCUCGAGGAGCUCAUGACAAAGAUCCAUGGCUCCUUUAGUUUUAUGCAGGACUCUCUCCUAGAUGGUGAGAGCUCGCCUCCAAAUGACCAGCUCAGACUGAAGAGACAGCCUUCUGGAUCUCCCUCUAUUCUGGCUAAAGCAGGUUUGAGAAGCCCAAUUGAUGUCCUACCCAAAGCGAUGCAUUCCACUCCACUGCCCUCCAGGCUUACGGAGCGCAGAGUCAGUCUGACCAAUGGAAAUCAGAGCCUGGAGACCUGUGACAUAGAACUUUCACCAAAGGACCUACCUCAUGAGUCACUCCAGUUGGCUGAAAAAGAGAUUUUUCCUUCACCGCCACUGUUUCGCCAGGAGUCGACUGUCUCCAGCAAUCUGGAGGAAAAGAGCUGUCCUAGGACACCAGUAACAGAUUCAGGGAAGCAGUCGCCCUGUAAUGGGGUAACAUCCUGCACUUCCACCCCCCCUCAGGGACAGACUUUCUCUACACCGCCCACCAGGCGAUCUCUGACCUCUGCACAGUUUCAGAGCAUCCAGUCAGUCUUCAAAGUGAGCACCUCCUUAACUCAGACGGGGGAGGUGAACUAUAAACCAGAUUCUGUUUUCACUGAGCCCAGAUACACCACUGCCAGCACCCAGACACCACCUGAGUUUGCUCUCUCAGAGGAGGAGGCACAACCAGUGUACCAGUCGGAUUACUUGGUGGGUAAUGGUGGACAGAUCUUUCAGUCUCCAAGCCAGUCGGGUGGUGUGAAUCGACCUGGCCAAUCAUACUACACCAGAGGCUCUGUGAGAGGUAUGGCACGUGGUGGCAAGGCACUGGCUCAAACCUUUCGCUCCUCUGGGUGGCAACGAGGAGGAUCCUACAUCUCUCCAACUCAUCUCAGGGACUCUGGUCCCCUCUUCUAUGCUGCUAGAGAUUCAGGGUACCAGCACAACUACAGGCGAGGAGGGAGACAUAACAACAGUGCAGCCUGGAGUGAUUCUUCUCAGGUGAGCAGCCCAGACCGGGAGGGAGCAUUCACAAUUGUGGACUCGGGUCAUGGGGAUUCCCUGUCUGUUUCCACUGUGGAGGUCCCACUCACUCCACAUGGACACCACCACACCGCCUUGCUGCCUAUGCAGCUCUACCCGCUCUCCCAACCCUCCCAACCUCUGCGAGUGGCCUUCACUGCCUCUCGCACUGCCAACUUCGCUCCGGGAAAUCUCGACCAGCCGAUUGUAUUUGACCAGCUCCAUAGCAACCUAGGGGAGAUGUACGAUACCCACAUUGGCCGCUUUACCUGCCCUGUGAAUGGAACCUAUGUCUUUAUCUUCCACAUCCUGAAGCUUGCCAUCAAUGUGCCGCUCUACAUUAACCUCAUGCGCAACGAGGAGGUGAUGGUGUCGGCAUACGCCAACGAUGGAGCCCCAGACCAUGAAACAGCCAGCAACCACGCCAUUUUGCCGCUUUUCCAAGGAGACCAGGUGUGGCUCAGGUUGCAUCGUGGAGCCAUCUAUGGCAGCACUUGGAAGUACAGCACCUUCUCUGGGUUUCUGCUGUACCAGGAUUGAAUAGCAGUCAGCCUGGUGGCGUCUUCUUCCAGUGUGUGGACUGUUUGCUUUGCAUUGAAUGGUGACUGCACUGACGUUUCAGUAUUGUGGUAAGGCUGCAUGCUAAUGCAUAAAACUUGUUCACAACAUGGGUGAGAGUAUAGAUUAUACACUUUGACUACUUACACAACUUGCCUGUUUUCAAAUGGAGUCUGUUACCAAUUGACAAACCAGGCAGAUGGCCUUCUCCUAAAAAUAAAAAUCAUUGUAAUGACUUGUGAUGAUCUACCACUUUGACUGAUACAGUUACACCAUCUGCUGUAAAGCGUCACCUGCGAGAAUGGAACUAUUUUGUGCCUUUUUGUUCAAUGAAUGUUUGCAUUGACCAGAUGCUAACCUCCUGUUGAACUAAAUGAAUGACUUAUCAGGUGAAUUGACAAACUGUAUUUGCAGCACUUUGCUUGAUGCUGUGCUCCUAUGCAUUCAUUCUUACUGAGGAAAAGAUUGUUCUUGGUGGUGGGUGUGGUGUCAAACACUAAAGGCAAAAUUGUAGCACUAAGUCUACUGUGAAGGUAUAAAAGAGGUCUCUUGAUGAAAUAAAAGAUGAGCAGUGAA